AUGCGAAAUAAGAAUAGAACUGAUGCAUCACAUGAGAAAGUUUUCAUUCUCAUAAUCUAUCUAUCUAUCUAUCUAUCUAUCUAUCUAUCUAUCUAUCUAUCUAUCUAUCUACGACUGUCUCCUGAUUUCUAUCUAUCUAUCUAUCUAUCUAUCUAUCUAUCUAUCUAUCUAUCUAUCUAUCUAUCUUACCUGUUCAGAUCUCUCUCUCUCUCUCUCUCUUUAUGUUCAUUAUCUAUCUAUCUAUCUAUUUCGGUCGGUUCGUUAUCUAUCUAUCUAUCUAUCUAUCUAUCUAUUUUGGUAGGUUCAUUACCUAUCUAUCUAUUUAUCUGUUUUGGUAAGUUCAUUAUCUAUCUAUCUAUCUAUCUAUCUAUCUAUUUUGGUAGGUUCAUUACCUAUCUAUCUAUCUAUCUAUCUAUUUUGGUAGGUUCAUUACCUAUCUAUCUAUUUAUCUAUUUUGGUAGGUUCAUUAUCUAUCUAUCUAUCUAUCUAUCUAUCUAUUUUGGUAGGUUCAUUAUCUAUCUAUCUAUCUAUCUAUUUCGGUCGGUUCGUUAUCUAUCUAUCUAUCUAUCUAUUUUGGUAAGUUCAUUUUCUAUCUAUCUAUCUAUCUAUUUCGUCGGUUCAUUAUCUAUCUAUCUAUCUAUUUUGGUAAGUUCAUUAUCUAUCUAUCUAUCUAUCUAUCUAUCUAUCUAUUUCGGUCGGUUCGUUAUCUAUCUAUCUAUCUAUUUAUCUAUUUUGGUAGGUUCAUUACCUAUCUAUCUAUUUAUCUGUUUUGGUAAGUUCAUUAUCUAUCUAUCUAUCUAUCUAUCUAUCUAUCUAUCUAUCUAUCUAUCUAUCUAUUUUGGUAGGUUCAUUACCUAUCUAUCUAUCUAUCUAUCUAUCUAUCUAUUUUGGUUCAUUAUCUAUCUAUCUAUCUAUCUAUUUUGGUUCAUUAUCUAUCUAUCUAUCUAUCUAUUUCGGUCGGUUCGUUAUCUAUCUAUCUAUCUAUCUAUUUUGGUAAGUUCAUUAUCUAUCUAUCUAUCUAUCUAUUUCGUCGGUUCAUUAUCUAUCUAUCUAUCUAUUUUGGUAAGUUCAUUAUCUAUCUAUCUAUCUAUCUAUCUAUUUCGGUCGGUUCGUUAUCUAUCUAUCUAUCUAUUUAUCUAUUUUGUUCAUUAUCUAUCUAUCUAUCUAUCUAUCUAUCUAUCUAUCUAUUUUGGUAAGUUCAUUAUUUAUCUAUCUAUCUAUCUAUUUCGGUCGGUUCGUUAUCUAUCUAUCUAUCUAUCUAUCUAUCUAUCUAUUUUGGUAGGUUCAUUACCUAUCUAUCUAUUUAUCUAUUUUGGUAAGUUCAUUAUCUAUCUAUCUAUUUUGGUAGGUUCAUUAUCUAUCUAUCUAUCUAUCUAUUUCGGUCGGUUCGUUAUCUAUCUAUCUAUCUAUCUUAUCUAUCUAUCUAUCUAUCUAUCUAUCUAUCUAUCUAACACAGUAUCUAUCUAUCUAUUUAUCUUUCUACCUGUCUCUCUAUUUCAGUCGGAUCAUGAUCUGUCUAUCUUAUUCUGUUCAUACCUUUCUCAGUUUGUCGAUAUCUAUCUAUCUAUCUAUCUAUCUAUCUAUCUAUCUAUCUAUCUAUCUAAUUCUUCCGUUCAUUAUCUAUCUAUCUAUCUAUCUAUCUAUCUAUCUAUGUCUGUCCAUAUCUAUCUAUCUAUUUAUGUCUUCUGUUCAUAUCUAUCUAUCUAUCUCAGUCUGUUCGUAUCUAUCUAUCUAUCUCAGUCUUUUCGUAUCUAUCUAUCUAUCCAUCUAUCUAUCUCACGUUGUCCCUUAUCUAUGCAUCUCAGCCUAGAUAGAGACAUAGAAGUUAAACACUUCUUUCUUUCUUUCUUUCUUUCUUUCUUUCUUUCUUUCUUUCUUUCUUUCUGUGUUUGGUCUCAGAAUCAAAUGCAACUAUAA